UUCCCGGGGCGCCGCUCAAAGGAGAAGCGUUCUCUCGCGCCUCCUGACACGUUUUUCUCUGUGAGGAAGAUUGGGCUGCCCGGCAGCCGGUAGCCGUCACGUGUUUUUCAAGACGCCGCCGGCCGCUGCCGCUCCACAACUUCGCUUCCUGUUUGGGCGGAGCGGCUUUACGACACUGCCGUGAAGCUGCACACCCCCUCCGCCGCGCUUGGCGGCUCUGCCUCCUGGUUGGGUGUCCACGGAGGGGCGCGCGCGACGGCGGGCGAGCGACGAUGUUCGGGGUCGCCGAAGAGGAUGACGCGGACUUCCUGACUCCGACGGGAGGGAGCAGGCUGGCCUCUCUCUUUGGAUUGGAUCAGACAGCUACAGGCACUGGAAAUGAAUUUUUCCAGUACACGCCACCCAAGCAGCCUAAAAAAGGUCAACCAGCUACUGCUGCAGGUCCACCAACCCAGAAGCUGCCUGCUCCUGCGCCCACUUCAGGAGCGCCGUCUGUCUUCAUCGCUACAGCGGUUCAUGCGUAUCGCUUCGCUAACGGGCAAUACGUGAAACAGGGCAAAUACGGCGCGGCCGUGGUGGGGACCCAUGCGACCAGAAAGUACGGAAUCCUCCUUUAUAUCAACCAGCAGCAGCAGAUCACAGCCGCCAGGAUCCAUUCGGGGUUCACACUCACGGUCCAGCCCAACAACUAUAGCACGUUUUAUGAUGAUCAGAGGCAGAACUGGUCCAUCAUGUUUGAGUCGGAAAAGGCGGCCGUAGACUUCAGCAAACAGCUCUGCAUUGCCAAAUAUAACAGCGGCCCUUCCCCCGAUGCAGUGCUGUACCAGGAUCUUGUCAUUGGAGAGGGCCAAGGGGUGGAAGUUGGAGACGCGCUGGAGAUUGCUUUUACUGGUUGGCUGUUCCAGAACGGUGGGCUUGGACAGGUGUUCGACUCAAAUGUGAGCAAAGGGAAGUUGCUGCGUCUGAAGCUGGGCUCUGGCAAAGUCAUAAAGGGCUGGGAAGACGGGAUGAUUGGGCUGAAGAAAGGCGGGAGGCGCUUUCUCCUCGUCCCUCCGGCAUUGGCCUACGGGCCUCAGGGAGUAGCCAAUCACGUUCCUCCAGACUCAACCCUGGCCUUUGAGGUGGAAGUCAAGCGGGUGAGGCUUGCAAAGGAUGCCAGCUCCAAUGGACAGAGCCUGGGCCCCCGGGACACCCUUAUGCCUUCUCCUGGACCAAACACAGAAAACCUCGCAACAGACCCAGCAGAGUUGCCUCCUUCUACACUGCCUCCAAAGCCAGGGGAGCCAGCCGUGCGGGCCAAAUCUAACUCGAUUAGUGAACAGCUAGCGAAUCCUGAUCUGGCGAAAGCGAAGCUGAUUUCGCGCAUGGCGAAGAUGGGUCAGCCCAUGCUGCCUUUCCUUUCGGGCACAUCGCCAGCCCAGCUAGACUCGAGCGACUCGGAGAUGGAGGAUCCAAAUACCUUGCGAGGAGCAACUCAGCCUGCAGUCCCCUCCCCCCUGAAGCCCUCCCCCCAAAUGACCCUCCCUCAGAUGACAGCGCAAGCUCCUCAGGGAACUGCCUCCGGGCUCCAGAUCCCCUCAGCUGCCGUAAUGCCUGCAGCCCUCCAGCCACAUCCGGCUCUCCCGGGGGCCACUCAGAGCUUUCAGCCAUAUGGAGGAGUGACGUACGCCUACCCGCAAGCGAGCGCAGCAGCUUCCCAGCUUCAACCUGUCGGGGCAAUGUACCCGUCUCCUUUCCAAGCCGGAGACAUUGGUUCGUUCCUGAUGACGGAGGCGCGGCAGCAGAACACAGAGAUCCGCUUGGCGGUCGGUAAAGUGGCUGACAAGAUGGACCAGCUGGCAGCCAAGGUGGAGGAGCUGCAGAAGCAAAACUCUGGCCACAGCUUGUUGCCAGGUAUCUCUUCCGUUACCAUGGAAACUGCCAUGAUCAUGAGCAACAUCCAGCGCAUCAUCCAGGAAAACGAGAGGUUGAAACAAGAGAUCUUCGAGAAGAGCAGCCGCAUUGAAGAGCAGAACGAGAAGAUCAGCGAGCUGAUCGCCCGCAAUCAAAGGUACGUGGAACAGAGCAAUCUGUUGAUGGAGCAGCGAAACAACUCUUUGCAGAUGACCACAGAGCACACGCAGGCAAGGGUCUUGCAUGCUGAGCAGGAGAAGGUCAAGGUCACCGAGGAGCUCGCGGCUGCCACGGCGCAGAUCUCCCAGCUCCAGCUGCAGCUCACCGGUCAACAGAAGGAGGAGAUGGGUCUCCGCUCCCAGUUGAACGCGGCCCUGAAGGAGGUGGAGGGGCAGGGAGCCCGGCUCAACCAGCUGCAGGCCCAGCUGGCAGAGCUUCAGGAGUCGUCCGAGGACACAAGGAGCAAAUUCCAAGUGGAGAAGCAGAGCCGGAAGCAGCUGGAUGGGAAAGUGGCAGCCCUGGAGGAGGAGCUGGCUGACCUCCGCAUAGCGAAGGAGAAUCUGGAGAAGAACCUCUCCGAGAGGAAAAAGAAAUCCCUCUUAGAGAGAGAGCAGGCCGAAGAGGAGAUGGACGAGAUCCGUCGGUCUCACCAGGAAGAGUUGGACAAGCUCCGGCAGCUUCUGAAAAAGGCCCGGACGUCGACUGACCAGGCGGCUUCAGCAGAGGUGUCCCUUGUGCAGGCAGAGCUGGAGUCCCAGUGGGAGGCCAAGUGUGAGCGCUUACUGAGCUCUGCCAAGGAGCAACAUGUGCGUCAGUACCAGGAAGUGUGUGAGCAGCGGGAUGGCUUACAGGAGAAGGUCUCCCAGCUGGAGGAGAAGCUUUCCCUGCUUAAAACCACAAGGAGCUUAGAGGAUGAGAAGCUGUCAGCACUGCAGGAGCAACUGGAGCAGCUAGAACCUGUGAAAGGCAAGUACUUGGCCCUGCAGUCCCAGGUAGCCAUUCUCAAGGCCCACUAUGAGGAUCGGAUCCAGGAACUUGAGAAGGAUCGUCACCGGUCAUCACCUGCAGGUUCAACGGAAGAGGUGAAGAAGAUCAUGAACGGGGUGUUCCAGUCUCUGCGGGGCCAGUUUGAGUUGGAGGAAUCCUACACUGGCAGGACGGUCCUGGGCGUUGUCAUGAAUACCAUCAAGGCGAUAACUCUGCAGCUGCUGGAGAGGCAGGAGGAGAGAGUGGGGAGCAGCAGCAGCACCGAGGGGAAAGGACCGGACCCUGCAGAGAGGAUGCCGGCAAGCCCAGCAGCAGGUCUUGAUGGGGAACGCCGGAGUGAUUCUCCCCAUGGAAGAGCAGCAUCUUCCGUUCCUUCAGCUACCCUCGAGGAGGACUUGGGCGGUCCCACUUCUGUCUCUCUGGACAGAGGCCAGGACGAACCGGCUUCUGCCACUUCUGAGGUGCAGACUUUGGAAGUGCUUGAUGAGGAAGCCUCUCUGGCCUCAGAUCAUACCACAAAGCCUCCUCCAGGGCUCCCGGCCACCGAGGCGGAGCCAAGCCCUCGGGAUGAAGCGUGCACAAUAGACACUGCCAUUCCAGUGACUCCGAAGCCAGCGGCUAAUGAGGAGACGGCGCCCAAGGUGGAGGGGCCCACGAUAGGCCCGGAGGGAAUGCAGGAGAGUGUUCCGGACCAGAGUUCUGCUAGCUCCGCCUCCCCGUCUGGUGUUCCAAACCAGAAUUCCGCUGACUCCGCCUCCCCACCCGCUACAGCUGACAAGCACGACUUGGCUGGAGCCAGGCAACCAAGACCAGCAUCCAGCCCUACCCAAGUGGGUUCCAGCCUCCUUGAGGACAAAGGCAGGUUGUUCAAAGCUUCCCCUCGCAAGCCGUCUGCGCUGGGAGGACCACUGGAAGGGGAGGAGGAGGAGGAGGAGGAGGAAGAGUUGAGCCUGAAGGGCCGGCCUCCCCCAACCCCACUCUUCGAGGAUGAUGAUAAUGACGACGACCUAGACUGGCUGGGAUGAGCGACCCGACAAACGGCACGGCGAGACUGUUCUAUCUCGGGCACACAGCAAUCGCGGGUCUGGGCUGAAAAGGAUGGAACUGUGUUUCUGUCCCCACCUCACCCCCAGUGGGAAUCCCUGGUUUGUUCAUUCUGGCUGAGGCGGCAGCUACAAGAUGCCGGGACUGUUAAACUUGCACUGUUUAUGGGGUCAAUAGGCAGCCAUUUCUCUCUCUCUGCCAGGACUUACUCAAGCAGCUAGCCCCCCUCUCCUCUGCAUGUCCUGUCUGUCCUAACCCUUGUGGCUUAGCCUCCCACUAAUCCCAAACUACUUAUGCAAAUGAGGUUGGGCUACCUUUUUCUUCCCGCAGAGACUGAAGAGAGGCUGGGAUUUCCUCCCGCCCCCCCCCCCCUGCAACUGCCAGAUUCCCCUUCUCUGUGUGAACAUAAAUAUAUGAAGGCUGUGGGGUGCUAGACUGUCUCUCUCACACUCGCUCACUGUCUCACUUGCUCAUUCACUCACUCUCACCUACACCAUCCUCCAGACCGUUGACCCUUCUGCUGUUUUAAAGCCUCGUUCCCCAGCUGCGCAGUUGUGAGUGGGGGAGCAUGUCUGUGCUAGCUAGGAUGUGGGGUGGGUCCCUCUCUUGUACCCAGCAACAACCCCUUUUGGAGAGAAGGGUAUUUCUACUGUGCCUGGGGGGGCACCUUGCCCAUGAAGGUCAUCACUGCCUCCUCCUCCGCCACCUCUUUGCCUCUUCGAUCCUGCCGCUUUCCGCCUGCCGCCACGGCAGGACUGUUUGGCAUUGGCAGUUCCUUUAAGAGCCCAUUGAGCUCGCUGCUUCUGGGAAAUGAAAUUCCCGGAGGCACCCAAAGGUGAAGAGGUGACAGUCAGUUGUUCUCCUCCCCAGCUGAGAGGGUGGCAAUUUGCUUUGUCCUCUCAGCAGUCUGGGCAUGUGUGCGUUGCUGCGUUUGUCACCUUUAAUCCCAUUAAGCCAGCUCUGUGCUUGGUGAGGGGGAGAGUUGCCAUGAUGGAUGGCUAGAGAAAAUCUAUGGCUUACCAGGAAACCGGAUGAAAUGUUAAACUAACCCCGGCUGGCAUUGCCCUGUGAAAAGCCACUGCUCAACAACAUUCCUUGUUCCAAAAGAGCGCCCAGGAACUUUCCCCAAUGCACAUCUCUGGGGCGAAGCUGUUCCUUGAUCUCCAGCUGGGACAUCUCUGGGCCGUGUCCUUCAGAUGGGGUGACGCACCUUUUUUUAGCUAGGUGUCUGGGGUCGGCACUGCCCAGUUCACCUGCUGUUUGUGCGCAGCGGGGAGACGCAAAUUGCGGCAUUCAAAAUGCAAGAGUUACCCAAGCACUUCACAGGAAUACACUGCGUAUCGUUCACGUGUUUUAAAGCCUCUUUGGGAUGCCCAAAGCAGGCUCGCUCAAAGCUCUUGUCGGGCUAAACAGUGGCUCCCCAGCACUUCAUGACAAGAGAACUCCCUUCCGUUACCUCCUGUCCACGGGUGCACCAUCCAGUCUUGCGGCAAGGCCUCUGGCAACAACCACCCAAAAAGCCAUUUUAAAGUGGCUGGGUGGCCACAUUGUACGCAACUUUGAAUAGUAGUCGGUUGUUGGGUUUUUCUCUCAACACGUUUUGGGGUAUGGAUACAGAUACUGCCUAAAUUAAUUUAAACUUGAAGCUCACCUCAGCAUUACCUGAUUCAAGGGUUGAUGUGGCUUUGACCUCUCCCUCUCCCCCCCCCCAGUCAUAAUGUUGCCUAAUUUUAGAUGGGUUGCUGGAGAGAGAAAUGGCACAAGCCCAAUUGUUUCUUGAACCGUAGCCUGAAGGCAGCAGAUGCCGGUUGGGUGCUUCAUGCGGCUUUAAAAUCCUGCCGGUUUAAUCCACCAACCACAACCACACACAUACCCCACUUGCUUUCAUCACAGCCACUAUCUGUCACUUUGGGGAUGGAGGUCACUUUGGGGAGGCAAACAUCUCUUGAACAGCAUCUCUCUCUCUCUGGAAACCGAACUUAGCCUAUGCCAUGCAGCUCAUCUCUCGUUUUUGAACCUUGUUGAACUUUGAAACUCUGUUUCAUGUCUUGGAAAAAUAAAAAAGUGCAAUUAAAGUAAAUUAAAUCC